AUGUCUUGCGUUGCUGAGGAAGCUACUGGCCCCAUCCAGGUGCGUGUUGGCGUGGAUCGUCGCAACUUCGCGUACGUUGACUUCACCAAACAUCGCCUUCACGAAGGGAAACCCGAAGUAAUCAUUACAGGUUUGGGGCGCGCCAUUUCUGAUGCGGUUGCCGUAGCAGAGAUAUUGAAGAAUCAGGGCCUCGUCACCGUGAAGAAAAUCACCACUUCACGGGGUAAUAUUAAAACUUCUUCCACAUCAGUAAUUGAUAAAAUUGAAAUUCUGGUUGCGAAAUCGAAGGAAUUUGACGGAAUAUACGAAGAACAGCAAAAACGGAAAGAUGAAAGUGCGGAGAAAGGCCAGUAG